AGGUGCUUAUCAAAAAGAAAAAAAAUAUAAAAAAAACAAGAACCACACAUGACAUGAAACAUAUCUUAUUAUCCAUUCAUUCAUUUUUGCUUGCAAAGAUACCCACACCAACCAUCGCAGAACCAAAAUGUCCUUCAUCUCUGUUUGUUGCUGCAACGGUUUGGUAGCUCCACUGUCCAGUCCUAUUAAUCUUCAAGCUCCACUCCAACCACUCACACUGAAGAGAACCACAGUCAUAGCUUCUGCUUCAAAAUCUGGAGGAGGAUUAUCACUCAAUUCGAUAUUCAAAAGUUGUAAGAAUUGUGAAGGCAAAGGUGCUAUUCAAUGUCCAGGAUGCAAGGGAACAGGAAAGAAUAAAAAGAAUGGAAAUAUAUUUGAACGGUGGAAGUGCUUUGGGUGCCAAGGGUUUGGGCUAAUCGGUUGCCCUAACUGUGGAAAGGGAGGGUUGACACCAGAACAAAGAGGAGAAAGAUAAAGAAACUUUAAAAAUAAUCAAUUUUCUUACCAGUGUGGAGAAUUUGGAGAUAGUGUAAAAUUACAUGCAAAAGGAGAAAAAGAGAUUAAAGCAACUGAAGUGUUUGGUGUGGGUUUAUUUACUUGAAGUUCAUUCAUGUUAACAAAAGUUGUAAAUAUAAUGAGGGACGAAACUAUUGAUGAAAGUGUGAAGGCAUGUGCCUCAUUAAUAUUUGAGCCUUACUCAUAUAUAUACACUAAUGUAUUUUGACAGUAGAUAUAAUUUUUUUUCCUGCAUUUCAAUGUGAAAAAGUUUAGAGAAA